AUGGGCCGCAACGCCAAACGGGUUGAUACCGCCUUUAAUUUAUACGCGAAUGCGUCUUCUGGUUUGAUCGAGCCAGAGGGGAUCGAACGUCUUUGUUCAGAUAUCGAAGUUGAUCACACAGACGUAAGGAUGUUGAUGCUUGCAUGGAAGAUGAAAGCCGAAAAACAGGGAUACUUUACCCUAGAAGAAUGGCAAGAAGGAUUUAAAACCCUAAAGAUAAACAAAGUAAAUAAAUUAAACAAUGCACUUGCAGAGCUGGAGAAAACGGUCAAGGGGGAGCCAUCAGACUUCAUGGAUUUCUUUUCCUAUGCAUUCAGAUAUUGCUUGACGGAGGAGAAACAGAAGGGCAUAGAUCUAGACAUGAUGUGCGAGUUGUUAAAUAUUGUUUUGGGAUGCCAAUAUCCAGCGCAGGUUGAGUUAUUUACUCAGUAUCUGAAGAUUCAGAGUGAUUACAAAGUCAUAAGCAUGGAUCAGUGGAUGGGUUUUUACCGGUUUUGCGAUUCGAUAAGUUUUCCAGAUCUCAGCAACUACGAUCCUGAACUUGCAUGGCCUUCGAUCCUUGACGAUUUUGUUGAAUGGAUACGAGAAAAGCAGACCUAG